AGUGCGUGGAAGCAAACAGGAUGAUCAGCGAUCUUAAGAACAGCGUGCGUGGGCAUAACAUCUAGAGAAGUGUCUGGAGGCAACAAACCCAUGUUCUUAGAGCCUAGAAGCUCACAGAGGGUUCUAGAGCAAAUAUUGAAAGGUAGACAAAGCUACUUACCUCUCCGACUUGAUUGCCCUAGAGACCUAAAAAGACUGGAGACUGGGGACUGCUGAGUCCAGAUCACGAGCUGAGGUCGAUCAUGAUCACUUCCAGCUCCAAUGAGGCUUAGCUCCGCAAUGGUGCCUGAAGAUGCCUGGGGCAGAAAGUCUCUGCCUUAACGCGCCAAAAGAGCGGUGGGUGGCUGAGCCCAGAUCUGCCAAAUGAGGACUAGCGCAUAUACCGGCCCCCCUGACGACCGAAACAACAACAUCGGUUUCUCCCAGCCCGAUCUAAUCUAACCCGCUUUUCGACACGAGGCGGGUCGAAGGUAACCCAGCUUUGCACAUCUUAGCUCGCCGCAUCCCUCGAUCUUCUCUUCCUCUUUCUGUGAAGGGACACAUUACCAGGUACCGAAAUCAAUCCCUUGCGUCACCGCCUCGGCGAGGGGCUCUUAUCACAACGCACGGUUGUUGACAUCGGGCCACCACACAACAUAUGAGUCUUUGAGAGGGGCUGGUGUGAUCUGCAGGGCAAGACAGCCUGGUGUACAGUCUCUACUGACUUUCGCCAAUUUUGGACGACACCCGUCGUCCAGACAUCUUCUUUGCGACCGGUCCUCUGGGUGCCCAACGCGAGAAGAUGCCGGCCGUCGAUGAGUCACCUUCCGAACGGAAGCAUACGAGCAGUUCUUACAGAGAUGAACUGGCUCAUUACAAAGCCCAGUAUGAGCAACUUGAGGCGGAGCUUGCGGACUUUCAGUCCUCCAGCCGGGAGCUGGAGACUGAGAUGGAGAAGGACAUUGAAGCUUCUGAAAAGCGUGAACGGCAACUGAGGGAAAAGCUCGACACGAUGCGAUAUGAAGUCGACGAGUGGAAGACCAAAUACAAGCAGUCGAAAACAGAAGGCAACUCUGUGCAGAACAACCUGCAGAAAGAAAUCACCACACUGCGAGACGCGAACCGCACUUUGCAGCUCAAGCUUCGAGAUAUUGAAGUUGCCAACGAUGACUACGAGCGCCAAGCCCGGAACACCACCUCGUCCCUGGAGGACAUGGAGUCCAAAUACAACAUCGGCAUUGAGCGUGGAGUCUUGCUAGAGGAGGAAAUGAGAAAUGGGGAGCAGGAGCGGGAGCAGCUACGCAUUGAUAACCAACGCCUCCGAGACGAGCUGUCAGAUCUGAAGAUUGAGACCGAGAUCAUCCAAGAGAAGCUUCGAAAUUCCGAAGGACAUGGGUUGCGCCGCCGCAAGCCUACUCCUUUGUACCAUCGCAGCCCGGCAACUCCACAGAGUUUGGAGAUCUUUGACCGUUCGCCUGGCACCGCUACAUCUUCCCCAGUAUUUGCCACGCCCCCGGCUAAAUCAUCCCUUGCAUCGUCGACCGCUACCCCACCUUCGCCCCCUAUCUCCGAGUCGUCUGUGAAUAUGCGCAAGUCGAUCAAUCCCCAUGCAAACUCCACGCCUACAUUCCCUCGACAGAGAGCCGCUGGCGCAGAUCCAGUGAACUCUAGAACCCUUCACGCUCGGACUCAACCGCGCGCCACUCAUUCACGAACCCCGUCUCUCGCUUACAGCAAUGGCGCAUAUAGCACCGGCAAUGGCAAUGGAAAUGGCAAUGGUCGGUCCACUCCCUCUAUGUCGAUCUCGUCUCGCAACAGUUUGACAAGAAUGAACACCUCGCGCCCACCGGGGCUUCCCAAGUCUGGAUCCCUCUUCCAGAUCCGUGGUCUUAUUGGUAAGAUGCAAAAGCUCGAAGAGCGCGUCCAAUCAGCCAAAUCCCGACUUCCCGCCCCAUCUGACACUUCCUCCCGCGGAUCCCCUCGUUCUGGGUCCGUGAUCAGCGACACCCCGAUCGUCCCCUCGUCGAUCACUGUGCGCAGGAAUUCUCGCAAGCGGCUGAGUAAUAGUAGCCUUGGUUCCUCAGCGCGGGAUAGUGAAAGCACUCCAUCUUACCCCCCACAAGGUCGUCAGUCAUUUGGACGGACAGGCGAGAGUCGCCCGAGCAGCCGAACUAGUUUUUCUAGCCGCAGCUCCUUCAGCCAGAGCGUGCACUCGGGUGUCCCCGUAACUGCUCGGCCCGAAAGUCGUUCGAGUCGUCCCGGGGCCAAAACGCCAAUGGGUCACUACUCGACAAACCCUAUGACAGAGGGCCGACGGCCUCGGUCAUCUCUCAGCAACCAUGCCGGCCAACUCCCUAACAUCGCUGGCAUGUCUCUCAUCGAUGAGGACCAAGACAUUGCUACGCCAACAACCUCCCGCAUCUCCCAGGAGAUUCAACGCCCAUCCGUGAACACCACCCCCACCCCCAUAGUGAAGAAGCGAACCAUCAGCGGCAUCCCGGCUCCCCGAAGCUUCAAGACCAGCAUCGGACCUGGUAGCAUGCCGCCGCCAAACAGGAAGACCCAAGUCAGCGACCUGGGGGAGACCUUUUAA